AUGCAGAUGUAUUUAUUUGUUCCUGAUCCUCUUACAGACUCUUACAAUAACAGCACAACAAUUUCAGCUGCUCUUAUAUCUGGAAGGAAAGGUCUCGGUAAGGGCGGAGCCAAGCGGCACAGGAAGGUGCUCCGGGAUAACAUCCAGGGCAUCACCAAGCCUGCCAUCCGCCGUCUAGCUCGCAGGGGAGGUGUGAAGCGCAUCUCCGGCCUCAUCUAUGAAGAGACUCGCGGUGUCCUGAAAGUCUUCCUGGAGAACGUCAUCCGUGACGCCGUCACCUACACCGAGCACGCCAAGAGGAAGACCGUCACCGCUAUGGACGUGGUGUACGCCCUCAAGCGCCAGGGCCGCACUCUCUACGGCUUCGGAGGUUAAUUCUGCUUCUACUCGGCUCCAUCACAUCAACCCAAAGGCUCUUCUCAGAGCCGCCCACAUGUUCUAUGGAAAGGCUACAAUUCCUUGUGUCUUCUCUACUGAGAGGUUGUGUGAUCGGUGUUUUGCUCUUGUGGUUGCGGUGUUUGUUUUUCCCUGUCCUGCCAUAAUCGCUGCACCUGAUCAGUCUAUCGGUAUUUCCCUCCUAUCUGCUCCGGGGGAUCUCCUCUGA